UUUACAUAAAUGAAUAUUAGUGAAGCGUGGGUUGUGUAGUAAUUGAGAUUUGAGAGAAAUAGUAGAAAGAAGGAAGAAAGAAGAAAAAGAAAAAGAAAACCCUCCGAAAAUCUCAAACCCUGUUUGUUUGUUUGGUGCGACGAUGGAUUUCCAAGUCGUCGUUCUCGGCGGUGGCGUCUCCAAGAACCUCCUCCCUCUCGUCUCUCAGGAGCUUCCAAAAGCGUUACUUCCGGUAGCGAAUCGUCCAGUUCUCUCUUACGUUCUUGAGUUACUGGAGCUCAGCAACCUCAAAGAUCUCAUUGUGGUAGUUGAAGGCGAAGACGCCGCUCUUCAUGUUGGAGGUUGGAUUUCUGGAGCUUAUGCUGAUCGCCUCCACGUCGAGGUUGCUGCGGUUCCUGAGGAUGUGGGAACAGCCGGUGCGAUUCGGGCCAUUGCACGCCACCUAACUGCUAAAGACAUUUUGGUUAUUAGUGGUGAUGUUGUUUCUGAUGUGCCGCUUGGUGCUGUUGCAGCUGCUCAUAGACGGCAUGACGCGGUUGUCACUGCGAUGCUUUGCCCUGCACCUGUUAGUGGACCUUCGGAGUCGGUCUCGUCUGGCGGGAAGGAUAAAACCAAGAAGCCUGGACGCUAUGAUUUAAUAGGGCUGGACCCAACUAAACAGUUUUUACUUCACAUAGCAACUGGAGCUGAAGUUGAAAAAGAUCUUCGAGUUCAGAAGAGCAUUCUCCGUGCAGCCGGACAGAUAGAAAUAAGAGCUGAUCUAAUGGAUGCCCACUUGUAUGCAUUUAAAAGAUCAGUUUUACAAGAAGUUCUAGAUGAGAAGGUUGCAUUUCAUAGCUUGAAGCAUGACGUAUUGCCAUAUCUUGUCCGGAGCCAACUGAAAUCAGAAGUAUUAUUAAAUGGUAGUCCGCAAGCAGAAGAAAAUGGAAAUGAGAAGGUUAUUUCUCAAAGCAAUCAGCAAAUGCUAUCUCAAAUACUUGCUAAUGCAUCUGAACUGACUUUUCAUCAACGACAUGCUCUGGGUCCUAAUGGUUAUGGUCCUACUUCUGCUCGAAAAACCCAUAAAUGCUGUGUUUAUAUUGCUGGAAGUGGCAAGUACUGUGCUCGUCUAAAUUCUAUACAAGCAUACAGCGACAUAAACAGAGAUUUAAUAGGAGAAUCCAAUCAUUUGUCAGGGUAUUCCUUCUCCGCUCAUAAUAACUUUAUCGAUCCUACUGCGGAGCUGGGGGCAAAAACCACUAUUGGACCACAUUGUAUGCUGGGGGAAGGUUCACAGAUGGGUGACAAAUGCAGUGUAAAACGGUCUGUCAUUGGCCGUCACUGCAGGAUAGGUGCGAAUGUUAAGAUUGUUAAUUCAGUAGUGAUGAAUCAUGUUACUAUUGGAGACUCUUGUUCAAUUCAAGGUUCUGUUAUCUGCAGCAACGUACAGCUCCAAGAACGUGCUGUGCUAAAAGAUUGUCAAGUUGGAGCAGGUUUCGUGGUCACUGCUGGUAGUGAUUACAAAGGGGAGGUGUUGGCUAAGAAAUGAAACAGAUGUGAAAAUCCAGGGUGGGGAAAUACAUAGCAAAUUGACUUUAAGCAGAGGUUCCAGCAAAUUUUGAGACUUUUGCUGGCAAUGCUUACAAUCUGGUGAUCUUGGCAGGAGGAGCGAGGAAAUUCUAAUACUUCCAAUUUGUAUUUCUAUCUUUGCAUUUUCAUUUUCUUACUACGCAGUUUGAAAAUGCCUUCACUUGGUGUUGAGGUUUUAUUUGUAUAAAUGACCACCCAUUGUUUCCUCUUAACGAUAGUUUUCUGCCUUCAAAAUCCAUGUUACAAUAGAUUUGAUGGUUGGUGUCUAAUUGCUGUAGUAAAGUGGUAUGAUCCUGAGCCAUCAGUUUUGUAUUGAUCAAAUAUAUAGUACUAUUGAGAAUGGUGAUAAUGUUGAGGAUGACUUUGUA